CGGUCGUGUCAAUGUCAAAAUGUAUAACAAGCCGCCAAAUAUCUCAAAUCAUUCUUCUCUUCUUCAUUUGUUUCUUUACCAAUAAAAUAAACAACACUUUUUCUAUACAAGUGAUUUCGAUCUGUUUUCUUCAUCUCCAUUCAAAAUUUCUACUACUUUCUUCCCAUUUCUCUCUCCAUAAUCAAAUACCCAAUUCAUUUUUCCAUCAAUUUAUCAAAUACCCAAUUCAUUUCCCAUCAAUUUGCCAAAAGAACCCAAGAUUUAAAGAACCAUGUCGGCGAUUUCCCGGCGAAUUUCCGCCGGCGCCGGAAUUACAUUACCGGAAAUACGGCGUCUGAACAUAAAAUCCCUACCACCAGUAACCGUCCGAUUCUCAAGAAAUUCGCCGACUUCUUUUGUCAACCAGUGUCAGAGGUUUAACAAAAUCAACCGUUGGAUUGAGGUUAGAUCGGACGGUGGAGAGGAGGAGUGGAAGGGGAAGAGGAGAACGACGUCGUAUAAGUGUAGUAGUGUUGGGGUUGGAGAAGUUGAUGAAAAGGUGGAGAGAGAUCGGACGGUGGAGGUGAUGGUUGCAGCAGGUGCUACUGUAGUACUGGGUGUAGGGAAUCGAGUUUUGUAUAAGUUGGCUUUGGUUCCUUUGAAACAUUACCCCUUUUUUCUCGCUCAACUCGCCACUUUUGGAUACGUAAUCGUAUAUUUCUCAAUCUUGUAUCUUCGGCAUCGUGCGGGCUUUGUCACAAAUGAGAUGCUAUCGUUGCCUCAAGCCCCUUUUCUCGCUGUUGGGCUUUUCGAGGCUCUAGCAGCCGCAUCUGGAAUGGCAGCGGCAACAAUGCUUUCUGGUGCAUCAAUUCCAAUUUUGUCUCAGACAUUUCUUGUAUGGCAACUUCUCCUGUCUGUUAUUUUUCUUGGAAGGAGAUAUAAUGUCAAUCAGAUAGUGGGUUGCUUAUUGGUCUCUAUGGGCGUUAUAAUAACUGUAACUAGUGGGUCUGGUGCGGGUCCCUCCUUGAAUAACACCGGUCUAUUCUGGAGUAUGUUGAUGAUUUUUUCGUUCUUUUUACAAGCAGCAGAUACAAUUUUGAAGGAAGUAAUUUUCUUGGAUGCUGCUGAGCGAUUAAAGGGAGGUUCAGUUGAUCUAUUUGUUGUAAAUUCGUUUGGGUCUGCCUAUCAAGCACUCUUUAUAUGCCUUCUUCUGCCUUUCCUGUCAAAGUUGUGGGGCGUACCAUUUAUCCAACUCCCAUCUUACCUUAGAGACGGAGCAGCAUGCUUUCUCAAUAUCAAUACUCUCUCGACUGGAUGCAACGGUGCUCCCUUAUUGCCUGUUCUCUUUAUUAUCGUGAACAUGUGUUACAAUAUAUCGUUGUUGCAUCUUCUUAAGAUUUCCUCAGCGGUGGUAUCUUGCCUUGCGUCUACAGUUUCAGUGCCCUUAUCCGUGUUUGUAUUCACCUUGCCGCUGCCAUAUCUUGGUGCCGGUACUGCUCUUCCACCGGGCUUUGUAGCAGGUGCUGUCGUACUUGUUUUGGGCUUGUUUUUCUACUCAUGGAGGCCCGCGAUGGUGCCCGCCAGUGCAACCACCACUUCGUGAUUUAGGUUUAGCGUGUAAAAUUGUCGAAUAAUAUGUUAUAAUUGUAGCAAUUUGUUGUUGGUUUAGUGAUUAGGGGGGUUACUGAUUAUUUUUGAAUAAGUAUGCUGCUGCAAUUACAGUGACAUUUUCCGGAAGGGCAAAGUCGGCAAAUCCAGUGAUAAACUGACAGUUUACGAAGGGAUUUAGUCACUUUGCAUCAAGUAAAUGUUGAUUUUUGGUUGAUGUUAAUUUCAAGUGCUAGUUUUCUUUCUUAA